UGACGUCCGCCCGAGCUUAGGCAAGACCCUGACUAGAUCCGUAGUUUGAGAACAUGCAUUCAGGAUCAUAUCUGUGCUUCCGUGCACACGAGGUGUACUUGGAAUGACCGCGAAUUACUCUUAUGUAGCAGCUGCGCACUGGUCAGAUAUCGCCCCCUCACCUGGACCGGUACGACCACCGUGACCGUCCUACCGUCUACAGACCAUGGACAUCACCAACGAAGUGAUUCUGGCGAUGGCCAACGAACUCAAGUGUCUGAGACAGCAAUUGAAAGAGCAGACCGGUGGACAAAAGGACGAGAAUACAGAACAGAUGCGCAGCCUUCAACACGAGAACGAAAAGCUUCCGCUCGAAUUGAAUGGUGUACGAUCACAUUCGCCCGCGAGCUCGCCGGAGCAGCUCUCGUCGUACGAAUCACUCCGGAGACAACUGAACGAAGCGUUGCGUGAACGAGAUGAAGAACUCAGCAUGCAUGCAGAAAUAGUGAGGAGCAUGAAGUCAGAACUGUCCGUACUGAGGAACCAAUACGAGGAAGUUAAGGUGACUCUGGGGGUCAAGCAAGAUUCGGCUGGGAACAAGCAUCGCUCCCCGGGGGUGUCACCCUCGGACACAGACAGUCAGGAAACUAUCGAUGACGGUGAGGACGUACUGAACCCCCUUACCUUCCUCGAGCUUCAGGACGGUGGGAAGAGCGAGCGGCCGUCUCUCUGCAUAUACGAGAGCCCUGCAGGUUUGAACCUGUGGGCAGCCGUGCGCAAGGAACUUCCGGACCCAUCUAUCCUCGACGGAGUUCUGCAUGUCAAUCCGGACAGCAUCAUCUGGCAUCGCGAUGGGGAAAAACGCUGUCUCCUACUUCAUGCAUCGCGGCGUUUCAGUCUGUCCAACAAAGAUGUGUGGAAGUCUGAGGACUGCACGCUGACACUCGAGAAGGGCGCUGCACGUCAAUUGCUUUGCAAAUCGGCGGAUAAAGCAUGGUCAUACGGCGGCAUGUACUGCUGUGUUGGCAUCUGGGACAUAUCUGAGGAAGAGCUACGUCCGCUUCAUCCGAACCACACCCUCAUGAACGCAAUCGUACAGCGAACCACAAUGUCAGGCUCGAAAGGCGGAAGUGCGACGCAUGUGGGGAAGCUGAUACGGGAACUGUAUCGCAGCGGGGCCCUUUCCAUCCGGUGCUACGGCAUGGAGCUGGUGAGGCGAGAUGUGGCCCUUGACAAUGCGUUGGAGAGUUGUGCGAUCCACCGCGUGGACAAGAAACGUGGACUGGACGAGGAGGAGGGAAGUUCCCGAAAGAAGCAGAAAUCUUCGUAAUGGCAGUGGUACGUACGCAUUCUUGGAAACCUUAUGUUCACGCGGCCCCGUAGAUAUCGCACAGAGAUUCCAUGAUUCAUUACUUGGAGGUAGUUGUUAGCUAAAGCUGCAAGUCUACUGUUCAACGCGCUCGACAGUCGUAGAUGUCGAAACCAACUCUUCUGAAAUGGCGAUUGUUUUUCGUGACAUUAUAAUAUAUACGGAUAAGCUACAUGGAUCUUUCUGGAGACCUACGAGAAUACACAAUUUGUAGUACUACGACAUCAGCAUACGAGCUCGAAUGCUGAUAACGCUGCAAUCCGCCUUACGACUUUGCAUUGGACAUCGUCAACAAUGCCUCCCACUCAACCGUCCCUCGGCUGGGGUAGGAUCGCGCCAAGUUGUGCGUGGCACUGGGCACUGAGCGAAAAACCAGCGCGAACGCGACUCAGCAGGGUUGUCCUCCCCCGAGGCACCCAGUACAAACCGUGCAUCCAACCGAGUAA